UCUUUAACGCGAUGCUAGGCGGUUUUUUUUUGUUUUUUAUUGUGCAAUUUCUCCUUAUUGUCUGUACACUAUUGUCACACCUAUAGUUGCUCCACGUGACUUUGUAUCUGUACGAUGUCAUAUACUGUUGCUGCUUUAGCUGUAGGAGAGAAGGUGCUCCUGACCCGAUCUUUGGAUCUUGUUGUAACACGCCUAACCAUGUUCCGCUAGCCGCCAAGAGUGGGUGGCGACUGGCGAGGGCCUCCAGCUUUGCGCCGUGCUCCUUCCCCACCGGAUCUUUUCGUCCCUGUGCUCUGCUGCAUCUCUCGCCCCGUGCUGCUGCUGCUGCUGCUUCUCUUCUUCCCCGUUUGUGCUUUCCGGCGUUUCCGUCCACGCACCACUCGUAUCGCUUCUUGUAGCUUGACUGCGUGAGCACCUGAGAUCGAUAUGGCAACCCCGACCGUCGUCUUGCUUCCCGUCUGGGGCGCCGGCCACCUCAUGCCCAUGCUAGAAGCGGGCAAGCGGCUGCUGGGCAGCGUUGGCGGGGGGCGCGCGCUCUCGGUGACAGUGCUGGUCAUGCGGCCGCCGACGGAGCAUGAGGCGCGCGGGCUCGAGAGCGUCAUACGCCGGGCGGAGGAGGCGGCCGCGGGCCUCGACGUGCGCUUCCACCGCCUCCCCGGCGUGGAGGCCCCGGCGGGGUGCGCGGGCCCCGUGGAGUUCAUCUCCCGGGUCGUGGAGCUGCACGCGCCGCACGUGAGGGCGGCCGUGGCGGGCCUGGCGUGCCCCGUGGCCGCGCUGCUGCUCGACCUCUUCUGCACCCCGCUGCUCGACGUGGCCCGCGAUCUGGUGGCCCCCGCCGUGCCGCCGCCGGCGUACGUGUACUUCACCUGCAGCGCCGCGGCGCUCUCCUUCUUCCUGCGCCUGCCGGCGAUGUGCGACGAGGUGGCCGGCGAGUUCGGCGACAUGGACGGCGCGGCCGACAUCCCGGGGCUGCCCCCCGUGCCGCCGCUCGCCCUCCCGACGCCGAUCAUGCGGAGGGAGCUGCCCGAGUGCAAGUGGUACGCGUACCACGGCAGGCGGUUCGCGGACGCCGACGGCAUCCUCGUCAACACGGCCGCCGAGCUGGAGCCGGGCGUGCUCUCCGCCAUCGCCAGGCGCGGGGCCGGCUGCCCUGCUGCCCCGGCGCUGUACCCGGUCGGCCCGGUCGUCUCGUUCGCCCCGCCGACCGAGCCGCCGCACCCGUGCGUGCGGUGGCUGGAGACGCAGCCCGCGGCGUCCGUCGUCCUCCUCUGCUUCGGGAGCAGGGGGUUCUUCGGCGCGGCGCAGGCGCGCGAGGUCGCCCGCGGCCUGGAGCGCAGCGGCCACCGCUUCCUCUGGGUGCUGCGCGGCCCGCCGGCGCCAGGGACGUGGAGCCCCGUGGACGCGGACCUGGCGGAGCUCCUCCCGGAGGGAUUCGUCGAGCGGACACGGGGCAGGGGGCUGGUGUGGCCGGCGGCGGUCCCGCAGAAGGAGGUCCUGGCGCACGCCGCCGUGGGCGGCUUCGUCACGCACUGCGGCUGGAACUCCGUCCUCGAGAGCCUGUGGUUCGGCGUGCCCAUGGUGCCCUGGCCGCUGUACGCCGAGCAGCACCUGAACGCGUUCACGCUGGUGGCCGCCAUGGGCGUCGCCGUGGCCAUGGACGUGGACAGGAGGAGAGGUAACUUCGUGGAGGCGGCCGAGCUUGAGCGGGCCGUCAGGGCGCUCAUGGGUGGCGACAACGAGGAGGGGAGGAAGGCGAGGGAGAAGGCCGCCGAGAUGCAGGCGGGGUGCCGGAAGGCCGUGGAGGAUGGAGGGUCGUCGACGGCCACGCUGACGAAGCUCUCUAACGCUCUCUGUCGUAAUGACUAGCGGUGCGGUGAGGUCAUUUUUUUCCUUUUUUUAUCUUUGAAAUAUAAUCAGUGAGCUCCGUUUUGGAAAAUUAUAUCGCUUUCCUCCUUCCUUUGUUAUUUUGGACAAGUUGAUUAUUAUAAAAUAGAACAUAACUAGCUUGUUCAAGGAGUA